GCUCCACUAUGCUUGCUUCUAAUUUCAGCCAAUAUCGAAGGUCUGAAUGAAGCGGUCAAUUUUCUUUUUAAUUAAGUCUAUAUCUUGAAUUUUGAUCAUGAAUUCAUUUGCUGAUCUCUAAAAUACCGAUUUUUCCCAAAUUUAAUAAGAAUUGAAUAAGUGAUGCUAUGAUAGUUAUAUGCACUAUAUUCAGUUCAAAAAAAAUAUACAGGAUUUCUUGAGUUUUUAAAUCCUAUCACUUACUAUUACGAAGCGUUUGAUUAUUUUAUCGAAAGCAAUCGUGUCCAAUAUACUUUUCUGCGCAUUGAAAACAUAGACAAUUUAUGAGUAAUUUCGAAUCUGAUAGAUCUUCUUUAUGAUUUUUUGUUUGAAAUUAAAAAAAAAUAAUAUACAUAUAUAUAUAUAUAUAUAUAUAGAUUAUGAGGCGGUAUCUUGGUUCCGUGGUUUCAAAUCCUCGUCCUGCACAAGCUCUUGGUAUAAAUCAUCCUUUUAUAGUCUUUUGCUUUAUUGCUACCAGGACAUUAUCGCUAGCUCCUGCUGUAUACUGGUGCUUGAAAUGUUUACACCUUUUCUUUUUUGGUAAUGGACGUGCAUGGCUGGCAUUGACUUCUGCACUCUGGACAAUUGUUUCAGGGUAUUUAUCUUUCGUACUAACUACCGGGUUUCUAUUAAAAUGGCUUAUUCAUUAUUCUAUCGGACCAACUAUUAUACGUUUAUUAUCCCUUAAUGUGAUUAAUUUCUCGUUUGUGUCUUUGAGUGUUAAUUUUAUCACUCAUGGCGACAAUUCACUUUUGCUUCCCGCUUGGAUUGCAAUUUCCUGCUUUCAGACAGCCUCUUAUAUUGUUCAAGAUUGGAUCACCUCCCCCAUUACCCGUACUGUCCCAUUUCCGUCUUCGUCAUCCGCUAAUACUUCUCUUUCAAGCAGACACAAUUUAGAUUUCUUAGAAAUUACAGUAUUUGCUGUCGUUCCUGUUGGAAUUGCUAGUUUUUUUACAAUGUUAAUGCUGUUAUGGCAGAUCUACAAUGAUCCAAUUUAUUUUUUAGGUACCUGAUGUGCCUACAAAAAUUUGCUUUAAUUUUAUAAAGUUUAACGUUUUAUCUUUUUAAUACUUUCUUUAAUAGGUUAAUAUACUUAUUUUUAUUAUCUGGUGCAAACAA